AUGAUUAAACUCAAUACUGAUGGAUGCUCCAAGGGAAAUCCAGGAACCAGCGGUGGUGGGGGAGUUAGGGGACAUCAAGGUGAGGUAAUAACUGUUUUUACAGCACCUUUUGGUAUCCAGAGUAAUAAUGCAGCAGAGUCUAUGGCUUUAUGUGCUGGUCUUGAAUGGUGCAUGGAUCAAGGCAUUAACAAGAUAUGUGUUGACUUAGAUUCCUUGGAGGCAAAUAGAGUUGCUGAUGCUCUAGCUAAAGAAGGAUUAGAAAGGACCAAUACUAAAUGGAUUUCUCUGCUGAAGAGCUUCCAAGUCAAGCUAGAGCCCAGUGGUACUUGUUAG